UUGAAAAGAGAUUUAGACUAGUGUUGGAAAUUUUGAAGCAACUCCAACAGAACCAGCUUCACCGACAAGAAACGAUACCCCCAAAAAAAUACUGGUAUUAGACACUUUCAGUGGGUUUAAGAAUAAUAGUUAGGUAAUGACAUAAAGUGUAAACACGUUCAAGAGAGAUAGAGAGAGAAUUGGCUGUUGCUCGGGGGGAAACAAGGACUGCAAUGUGCACCUAUUUGGAAAUAUCGGGUUGGAAAAACAUCAAAACAGAGAAUUGAGUUUCUGAUAUGGAUAAUCAACAUGGAGGAGGUACAACAAUGGCCGAUUUUUUCUCACUAGGAGGAAGAGGAAGUAACAGCCGAGAACAUCAACAAAGCAACCCACCAACUGGAAUUCAACCAGAGAGCUGGUUCUGGUACAAGAAUGAGGACAUUUCUUACAAGGGUUUCGGGCCAUGGCAGCAGCAGCAAGAUCUUUGUUCAUCGGCAGCUGGUUUAGGUGUUGGACCGAGCAGGAGCUCGAUCAACGUCUCCGAUGAUUCUUCGAGCUCGAGAUCGGGGUUCAUGACGGGGAGAAGUAGUAAUUGCCAAGAUUGUGGGAAUCAAGCCAAAAAAGAUUGCCUUCACAUGAGGUGUAGAACUUGUUGUAAUAACCGAGGAUUUGAUUGCCAGACCCAUGUUAAAAGUACUUGGGUUCCAGCUUGUAAGCGCCGUGAACGGCAACAAAAUCUUCCUGCUUUGCAGCAGCAGCAGCUUCGUGGAGAGAAUCGAACACCUUCUUCCCUUGCCUGCACUCGUUUACCAGCACACAUGUCAGGGUUAGAUCAACUGGGGAAUUUCCCACCAGAAGUGAGUUCACACGCAGUGUUUCGAUGCGUGACAGUGAGUAGCAUUGACGAUGCCGACGAACAGUAUGCUUAUCAAACGGCAGUGAGCAUUGGAGGGCAUAUCUUCAAGGGAAUUCUUUACGAUCAAGGCCCUGAUUCCGAUAGCGACUACAACCACAUGGCGGCAACAACAGCAGCAGCAGCUGGUGAGAGUUGUGCCACCACCAACGCGGUUACCUAUGCAACUAACGCCAGUGCAGGUAGCGUAAAAGCUUCUUCUUCUUCUUCAUCAGCCACCGCAGUUUUAGAGCCUUCAUCUCUAUAUGCAACUCCACUAAACAUUUUCAUGGCUGGUACGGAGUUUUUCCCAAAUCCAAGAUCUUAA